GCUUGCGGCUCCGUCAGCCACCGCUACGUGGAAGUCCCGCCGCUGCGACACCACCAGUACGAGCUGGCCACGAGCCUGCAGUGGUUCCACGAAGCCGUGCUGCUACAGGACGUGAUUGAACGACUGCGCCAGCACUUCAACCAGCAGUUCGACCGGGUCCUGGAGGAGAAGAAGGCCGCCCUGGCGCACCUGGGGGUUGUUUGCGGGCGCCUCCGGGAGAUUGCGCCGGAGAUUGAUCGAACAUACUCGCCCAAUCACAGCCUGCGCCUCACCCCGCUCGAAGACCCGGACUCCAUCAUGACUGUCGCUGCCAGCGAGGUGGGGGCGCUGCCGUACGUGUCGCCCAGCCAGCAGGCGCUGAUCGACCGCCUGGCGGCCGAGGCGGAGGCGCGCCGGCUGGCCGAGCUGGCCGACAACUUCCGCGAGCUGGCGCUCGACCACAUGAUGGGCGGCGUGCUGGAGGUGCGCUGGGAGGACGAGAUCAAGAAGGACGUCCCGAAGCCCAAGUGCAUGGCGGAGCGGCAGCCGGAGGAGUACACGGAGCAGGACCUGCGGGACGUGAAGGAGUACGAGGAGCGCGUGAGGCAGCUCAUGGUGGAGCGCGAACGCUACCGCAAGAUGCUGGAGCAGGAGUUCGGCAGGCUCGUCACUGAGGAGCAGAACUUGAUGGCGGAAUUCGACAAGAAGCUCGACAGCCUGUACCAGCUGAAGCUGAACAUCGAAGGGGCGGUGAAGCAGGAGCAGCUCAAGAUACUGCGGGCCCGCCUGCUGUCCCACCGCAGGGCCCAGCUGGAUGCCCGGGAGAAGCACUUGCUGGCGGAGUUGGCACGGCGGGAGCGGGCGGCGGAAGAGAUGCGCUCGGAGCUGCAGCGGCUGGAGCAGGCGCUGGAGGAGUUGCGCGCGACCUACGACGCCUCGCUGGCGCGCGACAGGCAGCUCGAGAAGUCCUUCCGCAAGAACGUCCCCCCGGACCUGCCCGUGCUCACCGUCGACCAGCUCUCCAAGGCCUACAGGCGGCACCCCAAGAUGCACCAGCGCCUGCAGGCGUCCGCGUGGAUGCUGGGCGAGCUGUCGCACCUGUGCCUGACGUCGGGCCGGCCCGUGUUCCUGCCGCCCGAGGCCGAGGACUUCCUCCGGGGGCUGGACGCCCAGGACGCCUUCUCGAGCGCGCCGCCCAACGUCUCGGAGGACGCCUGGCUCGGCUUCGUGCACGGCCGGCGGCUCAAGGUCGAGUCGGAGCUCAGGGUGAAGAGCUUGGGGCUGGAAGUGGCGGAGUCGGAGGCCACGGUGGCCGGCGCCCAGAGGCGACUGGCCGCCGCGAAGGAGGAGAUAUCCGUGCUGCGGGCGCAGCUGGCUGCAGUGCGUGCCGACAAGCUGCACACGGUCCACAACGCACAGAUUCAACUCGUCUUGGAGCAAGGCAACGUAGAAGUACCAAUCACUGGCAAAAUAUCAGAUUUUGACGAUGCUGUCCUCAUUGAUCGUUCCACUGUUGAAUCCAUAAAUGAAGUUAUUAAGGAGAAGGGCAAGGGGAAGCUGGCGGUGAUGCGGGAGAGCGCCAGCGUGCGCCGCGUCAUCCUGCACAAGGAGUGGCAGCACCGGGAGCUCAGCAUGCAGGUGGAGGACCUGCGCGACCACAUACACUCCCUCGAGGCCGUCCAGAUCACGAGAGAAAUACAAAAGUAUCUGUACGGAAAAAGAAUGGGGCUGCCCGAAGAAAAAGGUGUCUCAUUAGAAAAGGAGAUUCAACUUGCUAGAAAAUUCUACGAGAAGGCGGCGGGCGACGCGAGGGGCCAGCUCUCGCAGCUCGACCAGAAGAUCCAGCUGGUGCGCCGGCGGAACGCGGAGCUGGACCGGAAGGUGGCCGCGGUGAACGUGGACGUGAGCGAGCGGCACCUGCGCCGGGACCCCGGGCUGGAAGCGCGCGAGGCCGAGGCGGUGCAGAGGAGUAGACACAUCUCCUUCGCCAGACACGGACAGCCUGCCUGCCUGUGGGAGCUCAACAACUCGCCAACAACAAGGCACGACAACACGGCAGUCGGGUGUCUGCCUGGCCGCGACAUGAAUGGAAUGGCGGCGCUGACGGCGCUACUGCUGCUCGCGCUGCUGGCGGCGACGACGGCGCAGGAGCCGCCGCCCUCCAUGAACGACCUGAACAACCAGUGGCCUCCCGGGGACCUGGACUGGGGCCGCGACCCGCAGAGCCGCGACCCGCAGCUGCCCUGGGACCCGGCGCAGAACGUCAUCAUCAGAGAGGCGACAUACUUCGUGGUGGCCAGCCGCAUGGUGCGGCCGGGGCAGGUGUACCGAGUGGCCGUGCUGGUGCUCCGAGCCCCGCUGCCCCUCACCGUGCGCGCCUCCGUGCAGAGGAACGGCGUGGAGCUGAGCGCCGACUGGCAGGACGUCAAGGAGGGCAUACCGGAGACUCUCAUCAUGAGGGUGCCGCCGACCAGCGUGUCCGGGACGUACAAGCUGCGGGUGGAAGGAACCUACGACGGCUCCAUGGGGGGAGUCGCCUUCGUCAACGAGACCGUGAUCGCCUUCUCGCAGCGCUCCAUGACCAUCUUCGUGCAGACGGACAAGCCGGUGUACAAGCAGGGCGAGACAGUGAACUUCCGAGCCGUGCCGAUAAGCACUGAGCUGCGUGCCUUCGACGGAGCCGUGGAUGUCUACAUGUUGGAUCCUCACCGCCACAUCAUGAGACGGUGGCUGUCACGACAGUCGAACUUUGGAGCCGUGAGUUUGAGCUACCAGUUGUCGGACCAGCCUGUGUUUGGGCAGUGGUACAUUCAAAUCAUCGCGCAAGGACAGGUUGAAGAAACUCCUUUUCUUGUUGAGGAAUACUACCAAACAAGAUUUGAGGUGAACGUGACGAUGCCAGCGUUCUUCUUCAACACCGACCCGUACAUCUACGGCCGGGUGAUGGCCAACUACACGAGCGGAGCCCCCGUGAACGGCAACCUCACGCUCAAGGCCACGAUUCGCCCGCUGAGGCCCUCGUUCCGCGGCCCCGGCACGCAGGGCUACCAGGUCGUCGAGAAGUACUUCAACUUUGAUGAAAACUAUCCUUCAUGGUUCCAAAGGAUCCGUAAUGAGUGGGAUUACAACACAAUUCCUCAUAUGAAGUUCUUCAGGGGCGUCUACGAGUUCAAGUACCCGAUCGCGGAGCUGGAGCAGUUCGUGCCCUCGCUGGAGGGCAUGGAGGUGAAGGUGACGGCGACCGUGGGAGACCGCUUCCUCGACGAGGUGGCGGAGGGCUACUCCAUCGCGCGCAUCUUCAACUCCUCCAUCCGGGUGUCCUUCCUGGGCGACUCCCCGCAGGUCUUCAAGCCGUCCAUGCCCUUCCUCUGCUACAUCGCAGUGUCGUACCAUGACGGCUCGCCGCUGUCCUUGGAGCGUCUGCGCCGGGGCACCAUGGUGGUGCGGGCGGAUGUGAUCGCGGGCGCGGGCGGCCAGCGCACCAUCGACAUUCCGGACCUGCUCAUGUCGCCCGACCGCGACGGCGUCUGGGAGAUGAGGAUGGACCUGAAGACGCAACUGGGCUACGACGAGAAUGUGCGGGCGAAGGAGCUGUUGAACGACAUCAAGUCCAUGCGGAUCGUGGCGACGUUCCACGACGCGAUGGGCGGCCAGGUGUCGGCCCGGCUGCAGCUGCUGUCGCACUUCUCGCCCAUGAACCACCACAUCAAGGUGUCCACUUCCACCACCGACGCUAAGGUGGGGGAGUACAUAAUCUUCCACGUGCAGAGCAACUUCUACCUGGAGUUCUUCAACUUCGUGAUCAUGUCGAAGGGCAUCGUCCUGCUGACGGGCCAGUACAACAUGCAGGUGACGGUGCGCACCUUCGCGGUUACCUUGAGCGCGGAGAUGGCCCCCGUGGCGACGGUGCUGGUGUACCACGUGGGGCGGUACGGAGACGUGGUGGCCGACAGCCUCACCUUCCCCGUCAACGGCAUCUCCCGGAACAACUUCACGGUGUUCAUCAACAACAAGAAGGCGAGGACGGGCGAGAAGGUGGAGGUGGCCAUCUACGGGGAGCCCGGGGCUUACGUGGGGCUGUCGGGGCUGGACAUCGCCUUCUACACCAUGCAGGCCCAGAGCCAGCUCACCUACGACAAGGUGAUAAUGAAAAUGGCUUCUUUUGAUGAGCAGACGAAUGGUUCCCACGUUUAUCGUUGGAUCUCUCACGAGGGGAAUGCAGAUGACAUAGUGCGCUAUCCUUCUACUACGUUUGGUAUCGAUGCCAAUAGAACUUUCGAGUACGCUGGCCUGGUGGUGUUCAGCGACGUGAUACUGCCGCGUCGCCAGGACUUCUGCAACCUAAGCGUGGGUCUGGCGGAGUGCUUGAACGGCCAGUGCUACAACGUGCAGAGGAAGUGUGACGGCCAGUUCGACUGCGAGGACGGCACCGACGAAGCAGGAUGCCUGGCCACCAACCUGACGGAUGUUCGGCUGUUCCGGCUGUUCCGAUUCAACCGCAUCCAGCGGCUGUACGAGAACGUGUGGCUGUGGAAGGACAUCAACAUCGGGCCCCACGGCCGCUACCUCUUCGAGGUCCCCGUGCCGAAGCGCCCCGCUCACUGGGUGGUCUCCGCGCUCAGCAUGAGUCCUUCCAGGGGCUUCGGGAUGCUGCAGAAACCCAUCGAGUACGUGGGCGUCCUGCCCUUCUUCAUGAACGUGGAGAUGCCGACGGAGAGCCGCCAGGGGGAGCAGGUGGGCAUCCGCUGCACCGUGUUCAACUACAUGACGUCAGCGCUGGAGGCGACGGUCGUCCUCGCCGGCUCCCGCGACUACAAGUUCGUGCACGUGGAGAUGAACGGCAUCGUGGGGUCGUACAACCCGCGGACGUCCUUCGGAGAGCACCAGUUCUUCGUCUACAUCAGGGCCCAGGACGCAGCGGUGGUGUACCUGCCCGUCGUGCCCACGAGGCUGGGUGACAUCUACGUCACCGUGCAGGUGUCCACCCUCAUCGGCAAGGACGUCAUCACCAGGAAACUGCACGUCGAGGCGGACGGCUUGCCUCAGUACAGACACCAGUCCGUGCUGCUGGACCUCACGAGCCGCGCCUACGUCUUCCAGUACAUGCACGUGAACAUCACGGAGACGCCGAUCAUCCCGUACGCCGAGGAGAGAUACUACAUCUACGGCUCGAACAAGGCGUCGGUGACCGUAGUGGGAGACGUGGUGGGAUCCAUAUUCCCCACCAUGCCCGUGAACGCCACGUCUCUGCUGCACUUGCCAAUGGACUGCGCGGAGCAGACGAUGUUCAACUUCGCUGCCAACCUGUACACGGUGCUGUACAUGCGUCUGGUGAGCCAGCGCAACCACACGCUCGAGAAGCAGGCGUUCUACCACCUCAACAUCGGCUACCAGCGCGCCAUGUCCUUCUACAAGCCGGACGGCUCCUUCAGCCUCUUCAGGAGCGACUGGAACCAAUCGGACUCCAGCGUAUGGCUCACGGCCUUCACCGUCCAGUUGUUCCAACAAGCGAGCUUCUACGAGUACGAGAACUUCAUAUACAUUGAUCCGGAGGUGAUAGCGAGCUCCGUGAGGUGGCUCCUGAAGCACCAGACGCCGCAAGGCGCGUUCUACGAGGUGUCGUGGCUGCCGGAUCGCAAGAUGAACGAGUCCGUCCACUGGACCAACGACGACAUCCGCUUCCGCAACAUCUCCCUCACGGCCCACGUCCUCAUCACGCUCGUCAUGGUGCGGGAUCUCACCGGGGGGCUGGGCUCGCAAGUGUCCCUGGCGGAGCUGAACGCCGUCAAGUGGCUGGACAGGAACAUGAACCUGCUGGAGAGGUUCGGAGAGCCGUACGAGCUGGCCAUCGUCGCCUACGCCCUCAUGCUGAGCAAGUCAUCCACCGCGGACACCGCGUUCAGCCACCUGGCCAAGCACGCCCGCAUCGAAGGUGGGCUGAUGUACUGGGGCAAAGAGGCCGUGCCACAGCCGCCGUACAAGAUGGAGAACCAGAAACCCUUCAUGCUGCCGCGUUUGCCGUACAAGUACGAUUCGUCCAACAUCGAGGCGACGUCGUACGCCCUGCUGACGUACGUGGCGCGUCAGGAGCUCUACACCGACCUCAUAGUGAAGUGGCUGAACUCCCAGAGACUGACGGAUGGUGGCUGGGCGUCGACGCAGGACACUGCGGUGGCGCUGAAAGCCUUGAUAGAGUACACGCAGAGGGCGAGGAUACGAGACGUCUCCUCGCUGACGAUCACCGUGGAGGCCACCGCUCUCCCCGGGGAGACCAAGACGCUGUACGUCAACGACAAGAACCGGGCCCAGCUGCAGACCUUGGAGAUCCCGGAGGCGUGGGGCACGGUGAAGGUGCAGGCGAAGGGGGCCGGCUACGCCAUCCUGCAGAUGUCUGUGCAGUACAACGUGGACAUCAUGAAGUUCCAGACCCAGCCGCCAGAGCGCGCCUUCGACCUGCGCAUCCGCCCCAACUACCACGGCCGCAACCAGUCCCACAUCACCUACCACAGCUGCCAGAGGUGGACGAAUGUGAACGAGUCGAUCCGUUCUGGCAUGGCCGUCCUGGAUGUGGCCAUACCGACAGGCUACAUCAUCCAACAACAGGAUUUGGAUGCUUACAUCUUGUCACGGCAGGUGUACAACUUGCGUCGAGCACGAUUCCUGGAGCGGAAAGUUCUUUUCUACUUCGAUUAUUUGGACAUGACAGACACGUGUAUUAAUUUCACAAUCGAGAGGUGGUAUCCUGUAGCGAACAUGUCUCGCUACUUGGCAGCAAGAGUAUACGACUACUAUGCUCCAGAGCGGUUCAACGAGACGAUAUACGACUCCCUGCCGACGUACCUGCUGAACAUCUGCGAGGUGUGCGGCAGCAGCCAGUGUCCCUACUGCCCCAUCUACAACCUGGCGUCGUCGCUUCCCGCGCCCGCCGGCCUCUUGCUCGCCCCGCUGGUGGCCCUCGCCCUGCGCCGGUGGCGCUCCGCCGGGGUGUAGCCCCGGGGACCUCGACAUCUCCCGGGGGCCGCCGUGGCGACGCCUCGUCUCGACUCGUCCGGCCCGCACCCGCCAGGCGCCUCGGCUCACCCACGGAUCCACGCAACAGACAGGCACGAACACCGCGUACCGAUAUGUGUUUCAUGAAUAACACGAAGCGUUACGCCGAUGUGCGCAGUUGUUACAUUUAUGAUUCCACGCAGGAAAAAAAACAUUCCCAGAUGUAGACACGGUCCCUCGUAUUUCACACUACCGUUCUGUGACCCUGUGUCAUAACGCUAGUCCAGCAUGAAUUCCUCUUUUUUUUUUUUUUCUUCACACACGCGACGGCAUUUUGCGUCAUUUAUUUCCCGUGGUCGCUCAAGAAGUGUUGAAAAAAAGGUUUCACUGUGAUUUCUGCUCGUAGAUUCAGUUGUUCUAUUCCUUUUAUCGGCUAUGAAACUAGGUGUAUUUACUUUGUCAUGGCUUGGUUGCUUGAUUAUGGUGUACGCAUUAAAUUCCAGUAGAUAAUACGUAAUUUACACAUCAAAGUUUUUUUUUUUUUUUUUUUUUUUUUUGCUUGUUAGAGUCUCUAGGUUCUCACACAGGUGUCAAUAAUUAAUUAAUUAUAUUUUGAACAUUUCUGCUUAAAUUUUUUUGUUGUCUUUUGACUUGUCAUUGAGGUAGUCAAGUGGCAAACAUAACUGAGUCUCUUGAAGUUAAAAAGAAAUCUGCUAGGUGUUACAAUAUUUACAAACCGCUCCUUGCAGCCGUGGUGUGGCGGACAGGUUGGCUGAGUUAGUGUACGGGUGACGUGUUGGCUGCUGGUGCACGUGGUACAAGGUGCGCAAGCUACAUUUUCACUCACAAGCAGAAACCGAACUGCCAUGUUGCUAGUAUCAAAUAGCAAUAAGAUACGUAUCAGAGAGACGUUAUAUGUAGGAAAAGUAUUUUUACCGUGUCGAAGCUGCAGUAGCAGCCGUGACUCAGCCUGUACAAGGAGCUUAAACAGUUUUGAGUCCCCGUGGUAAGAUCGUCAAAACAUUCGCUAGAGAUGCCAUUUGGAGCGCCACAUUUUUCUGCUUCAAAACAAUUUCUUUCUGAGUUGAGUGUGUGUUUUAAUGAUGAUGAGAGUUAGUGGUAACAAAUGGUUCACAAAGAAUUAUCAGUCAUCAAAAAAUUUAUUUGUGAAUUCUGGGUGGCACUUGUGUUUUUGAACUACCUUUUCAUUUUUUGAUCAGUGGAAGGUGGGAUAAAGCAAAUUUGAUUGGUGGUAUGAUAGUGGGAAAGAAAUAUUUUAUGUGUAUGUCUUUAUGUGUUUAAUUAUGUAUGUAGCUUAAUCAUAGUGCAAAAAUAGUACUUUGGAAUCUCGUCUGAAUAUGUUUAUUUCUUCUGAUAUUUAUGUAGAAAAUUUGUGUUAUUCAGUCUACACAUGCUAAGUUGGCAGGGGACUUAAAAAAUUAAUACUCACAGAUUUUUGAAACCAUUAUUAUUAUCUUGUUGUAAAACUAUAAAUUAUUCUUUGUUUGAACUAGAACAACUAUAUUUGUUUGAUUUUGGUUCAAAUUUUUCUCAUGUGUGCAUUUGAUAACCCAUAACUGACUGCUGUUGCAUUCUUUCUUAGCCUCAAAUUUAUAAAACUGUUUAAAUGAUAAAAAUGCAUAUGCAUUUACACAUUUACCCAAAAAUAAUGUGACUGAAUAUAAUUCGACCCCAAACUGUUCGGUUAUGAGUUUAUAAAAAAAUACUUUCUGAAUUGGAAAUGGCAUUGCAUGUACUUGAAAGUAUUUAAAUUAUUAAAUUUAUUCCAUAUUUACUAGACCCUUUCUGGUGCCACUUUCGUCAGUAGACUCUCUUUGAAACAGCAAGCUGCAGUUAGAAAAAAAAUUGUGUUUUAUGACUGUAGUUCGAAGGCAGCUGUUCAGAAAGCGAAGAAUGCUGUGAUGUAUGAUUGUCUGGGCAGCCACAGAGAGGAGAAGCGGACAUAACCCAGUGACAAACUCCAUUUGCACCCUCUCCUUCAUCUUGCAUGUCUCAUCUGUCGCACCUGUGCAGAGGUCUAGCGAGCCCCGGACCAAAGUGGCAUAAGUGAUGCAGUUUACAGGCAGGCCGUUCAGUUUUUCAUCUAAACUGUUUCCAGUGGCAAGACACAAUUUUUCGAUUACAAUGCACUGUCCAUUUUUAUUUUCCACUAUUUCGAUAAAAAAAAACAUUGCAAUAUAUUCAGGUAAAAAUACGGUACUCACAUUAACACCUAUGCUUUUUUGACCAUACUUCCCUCUACUCCCCUACCUUCUCCACAAAAAAAAAAAAAAAAAAAAAAAAAGAGAGAUUGCUAGGAUUGUGAGACGUCUGUAAAUUUUAGUUUUGUACAUUCCGUCUGCCAACUUGCGUGAGCCAGGCAGUAGCCAUUUGCUUUAGGCCCCGUUGUUACGGAAACGUAAAAACGGAAACGGAUCGCAGACCCGCAAGUUAAUAUUGUUUCAUUAUCCGUCUGCUGCUGCUUCCACAGUGCACGAAAAGUAACAAAUGGCAACCAAUGAGAUUUAAUAUUUUGGUUAUGAAAGUUUAUUUUAGUUUAAAAAAAUAAAUUUGAUAUAAGAGAAAUAAUACGGUCAGAUUUACGUAUAUAAUAAAAUUAUCCUCAAAGUAAUGACAGAAAACUAUUUUUUUGAAUUUUUUUGUAUAUUUAACACAUAAACAAACGUGGCUACCACCACGGUCAACUACUCUACUUCUAUUGGUCAUACUGAGUAACGUACAUGGAAGAGUUGUGCAUUGGCGGGUCUGUGUCCACAUGCGUGCCAUUGUAGAUACUCCGUUCCGUGAUUCAUCUCCAUUUACAUGAUCCUUCUCCGCUUUCGUGUCAUUGCAGAACGGGCCACACAGUCUUCACGUGGAGUUGGAUGUGACCAAUUUGCGAGUUAAAUGUGUAGCUAAGGGUUAACUGUUAAUGGGAAAAUGUAUUCCUUCAUUUCUCCUCCCCUGUCACUCCCCCCCCCUUUUCAGACAGCUCUCUCCGUCUCAAUCAUUAUUUUUAAAUGGUGGCCUGGUUUAUGUUGUGUUGACAUUAUGUGAUUUGGAAGUAUUGUGUGCAUUGAUACAGUAUAUUUCCAGCAGUAUUAAACUAUUGAUUGAAUAACUGUCAUGUUUUAUUCAGUACGGAAUCCAAAAAGAUGCACAUACUCUCAUAUGUCUUUGUACUGUUCUAAUAGUUUAAAAGCAAAAUUACAAGUACCAACAGACUGAUUCCUUUCUAAAGUUACAUGCUGAAAUCAUGCUCUUUACACUAUUAAACUGUAUAUGUACAGUUAGUUCAUUAUAUAAAAGAGCAAUAAAAUCAAUGUUUAAUAUGGGCUCUAUAAAUUUAAAAAAAAAAUAAUUGUUUGCACUAGCAGCAGUAAUAUUUGUAUGUACAUAUUUAUUUUCAUUGUGCACACUGAGAGAUAAAUUUUUCCAUGUGGUUUUUUUUUACUGUUGGAUUUUAGGUUGAUGUAAUGAAAAAAUAUAAUCCCCGCUACCAUUUAAAAAUAAAUAUUCAAGCAGCAGAUAAGUUCAUCAUUUAAAUAAGUUCUUAUGUUAAUAUGUGUAUUUUUUUUUAUGUAAUUGUUCAAUUGUAGUUAAAAGUUGUAAGGUAAUCUCGGUGCUUGAGGUUUCACAUAUAUAUACUGUGUUUCAUUGACCUAUUGUCAUAUAGAUUGAUUUUUAUACAUACAUUUUUAUAACUUAUCAUUUUUUUUUUUCAAUUGUAUUGCUGAUGUGUGAUUCACAACAAUAAUUUUAGCCUAAGUGUCUGCAUGUCGUGAGAAAAUUGCACUUUAUUUUGAGUAUUUUGUAGAUUGGGGUGGCCACUUGUUCAAACUUGAUGUGUGCAGUGAAACAAGGUUUUAUUUUUUCACGAAAAAUAUUUAGUUGAAUGCAUGUAUUUAUUCCUCUUGGAUAUCUAUAACAUGGGUCAAUUCAAACAUACUGGUACCAUUCUGUUGUGUCAAUUUUGGAUGAUUCAUUUUGAGAGGUCUAAAAGUCACUACGUGUACAGGAUAUAGUAGUUUUUAGUUAAUCAAGAAUUAUGUAAAUUUUUUAAAAUGCAGCUAAAUAAUUACCUUUAUCUUUGUUUUUAGAAGGAAAAGUAUGUUUGGUUGAUUUGCAGCCUAGUGUAUUGUGGGGCAUCUAUUGUGAAACCUCUUCCCACACACCUUGUUCGACAAGUGUCCAUCGCCUGAAUGUAUCAUUGUAAUUUGUGUGAAGUAUUAUUUUGUUUAAAGUGAAAAUGUUGGAGAUGCAGGCUGAUGUUAUCUCCUCAUAUAGUCUUAAAUCAAGCCGUCCAUAUUGCACAGUAAUAAUGUACUUUGUUUUGAUUUUUGUGUUUAAGUUUUCUUUACGUACUUUUGUAAAAAAAAAAAAAUAAUUUUUCGAGCAAUUUUACACUUCUUUUUUGUUUGUUUUAAUUUUAUUUAGGUACUUGUGUUUAGUGAUAAAAAAAACUUUGUGUAACAAAACUGAAUGUAUAGCUGGAAGAUAAAUUAAUGUAAUGUGUACAUACAGUAGUUUUCAGGACUGAAAUUAAAAUUGUGUGGAGCUGUUGAGGCAAGAUUCUAGCAUGGCGAACAGAGAAACUGUGAUAUCUCACAUACACCUCUGUCAAGGACCAGGUAAUCCAUUGAAAUAAACGUGAAAGCUUCUGACCUUUGUUAAUAGUGUACCUAAGGAAAGAGAGUGUUUAAUUUUUUAAUAAAGAGAAUAUCUGAUGUGUCAGAAUGCCUGAAACAACUUCACCCUGACUCAUUUUGAACAAUGCUAGUAUAAUGCUAUGUUGGAAAAUAAAUUAAUAUUUUUUUCUAUUAUAA